GUAGAUUUAAAUGAAAAGAUGAGAUAGAUCGUUAAAAACAAAGACAACGUAGUAAGAAUUGUGUAUUUUUUUGGAAAAAAUAUAUCUUUUUACUGUUUUAGAACAGGGAGAAAACGGGCGUCUAAUUGUAUAAGCGGGCUUGCCUUCCUAUAAACCCCGCUUCACCGCAAACAGGUUUAAAGCGCUAUUCGUUUCUCACACAUACGCUCUUUCAAUCAUUAUGACUACUAAAACAGCUCUUAUUAUCGUCGAUGUUCAGAAUGACUUUGUUUUGGAUGACGCCCCAUUAAAGGUUAACGGUGUCGCAGAUAUCAUUCCUAACAUAAAUUCAUUAUAUAAAGCACAUCAUUGGGACUUUAUUGUUGCCACGAAGGACUUUCAUCCUGCUAAUCAUGUUUCAUUUGCAGCUACACACGGUCCGAGUUAUAAGCCAUUCACUUCAUCAAUUACCGUUGAAGCCUAUGGUCUCAAAUAUGAACAGAGAUUGUGGCCUGUUCAUAGCGUUUCAAAUACUCCUGGAUCGGAAUUUUAUGAGGGAUUAGAUACCUCUGCUAUCCAAGAUGUAGUCUACAAGGGUACAGAUCCUAAGGUUGAUUCAUACUCUGGUUUCUUUGAUGCCGCCGGGAAGUCGACGGGUUUGAGGGAAAAGUUAGAUUCGAAAGGAAUAACAGAUGUCGUUGUCGUAGGAAUCGCUGGCGACUAUUGCGUUCGUGCAACUGCAACUGACAGUCAGAAGUUUUUCAAAACUACAGUUUUAACAGAUUGUAUUAAGAGUCUAACGGAAGAAUCAGAGAAAAAAACAAUCGCAGAGCUGAAGCUUCUUGGAAUAAAGUUCAUCACCUCUGAUCAGUUGACAAACUAGAACGACAUAUAAUGCACAUCAUUAAAUACAGAAUAAACUUUGACAGGUUUGUAGGCGGGAAGAAGACCCUGUCCAACUAGACAAUGAUGCCUGUUGAUUUGUGUCAACUUCAUCCAUCAAACUUGUGUCUGUUAAUACCGGCCGAUUUUUAAGCAUGUUCUGUAAUGGUGUAAGAAAUGGAUAAUGAAAAGAAGAACAGAGCAAUGACAUGCGUGGAAUGAUCCGAACGGGUAUACUUAUUGAUGAUAUCGUUUUUAAACAGGACCCAAUCUCGACGUUUAAGGAGUAUCGUACCUCGAAAUCCGCUCCAACUUCUAUCGUGCAUGCGUUUUUUGGUAUCCAAAUAUGACACUCGAUAUCCUGUUCGUUACUGGGUGGGACACCAUGCCAAUUGUAAGGAUUGUUUUUGCGAGUAUUGAUAGUUUCACUUUUUAUGGUUUCUGUUUUCUGUUUCUUAAUUACCCCAGAGGAGGUGCAACGGCCUUCAGAAUUUCGAAUUCUAGAAUUCGUGAAAACUAAUAGAUUCCGUUUAAGUGUUAAUUUUAAACGCGUGAGGCGCUUAUCUGAAGCAUUUUGAAUUCUCAACUGAACAGCUAUUGGAUCUCCACUCAUGUAAGCCGUUCUAUACAGUCUAGCAACAAUUGUAGCUGUUUUGGAGUUUUUGACGUUUGGAUGACAAUCAGUUUCGUUAGACAAAAUCAUUUGUUUUGUUUCCGUAACUGAGGGCGGUAUCGUUGGAUAUAGCUCUAUCUGUUUGAACGUACGGAUAUCAUGAACCGUUUCAUUAUGCUUGAAAAUAAGGCUCCUGUUUUGGUUAGCAAAAACCGUUUUUUAUGUAAAGCAGUUUCAUACACGGAAACGAAGUAACACACUCGAAUGUUCUUGUCUUUAUAACUCCCUGGUCCUAUGUACUCAGGAAGCCCAAUUUUGAAAGGGACACCCAGAUGAGUUGUUGAUUGAAUCCUGAUGGAAUAAUCGUUGGUGUCUUUGUCAGCAUAUUGCAGCAAAACAUUGGGUACAAUGUACUUUCGGUCUUGAAUCAAUUUGUCUCUGCACAUAAAAACAUCAAUAGCCCCAAACUUCCUUUCACAGACACCGAUGGCAUACGCCUUUAUGCGUAUUAAAUCAAUUGCCUCGGUACCGUGCGGCGCAUUGACAUUAAUGUGACCCUGAAUACAAGUUUCCUGAUGAAAUACUGAAGAAGAAAAUCUCAAGGACAACUUAACCAAGUCGCUUUCUAACACUGGGUCCAUUACAAGUGAUUGGAUUUUUUCUCUAACCGCAUACGUCGGUGUAUAGCAAGUUACGAUUGCUUCUUUUCGGUUAUCCAUAAUGUUUUUCUUCCUUAUCCUCAUCAUUGUUUCGUUUAUAGCUAUUAAAUAGCCUUAACGAUUGAUGGCGAUGGCUUCACAAAAAGCUUGUUUACAUUAUUGCUUUUCAUAAACAAAUCACUAAUGUAAACAAACUUUCUCCACAGGGUAACCACGAACACCUAGUUAAUAGAUAUUCAUAAAGCAAUUGUAUUUCUCAUUUCUAUUACAACAAUUGGGUGAAAAAAGUUGGGA